AUGGCCCAUGUCUUUGUCUUUAACCGAUCAGUAAUAUGGGAAACUAGUGUUUUGUCUAAACAGUGGAGAUCUCUUUGGAAGGUGUUGCCAGAUCUCAAUUUUAAUUCUGGCAAUCACCAAACAUUUUCAGAGGAUGUUUGCAGAUCUUUGAUAUCACAUAAAGCUCCGGUUUUAGAUAGUCUGCAUGUGGAGGUUGCAGAUGAGAGUGAUGCUUCGGAUGUUGGGAUAUGGAUUGGAAUUGCUUUUGCACGCCACGUGCGCAAAUUGGUACUCAGUUUCCCAUUUCAAGUUGAAGGCUCAGUAAGAUUUCCGAGUGCUUUGUGUAGUUUCAAUUAUACACUAGAGAGCUUGACACUCAAGUAUUCAAUUCACCUAGACCUUCCUUCUCGGAUCUGUUUCAAGUCCCUUAGAGAGUUGCACCUUUACUAUACACUAUUCAAAGACGGAGAAUCUGUUUCAAAACUUUUAUGCGGCUGUCCUAGACUUGCAGAUUUGGUCUUGCAUCGGAUAAGAAAUUACGGUGUGGAAACUUUAACUAUUGCGGUGCCAUCAUUACAGAGACUAACCAUUGAAGAUGGUCACUUUGGAGGUGAUGGUGGCUAUGUGAUAAAUUCUCCUUCUUUGAAAUACUUGAACCUCAAUGGGUUCAAUAAGCUUGGAUUUUGUCUCGUUGAGAAUGCGCCAGAGCUGGUGGAGGCAAUAAUCACCAAAGUUUCUGUUAUAACCAAUGAGAACAUGCUGGAACCUCUAACUUCAGCCAAACGUCUUUCCUUAAGACUUAUCACCCUUAAGAUUAAGUUUCCUACUGGUAAAAUCUUCUAUCGGCUUCUAUCUUUGGAGCUGCAUACAAACAAAGAAGAGUGGUGUAAUCCUCUUUCGCUCAUGCUCGAUAGUUCUCCUAAAUUACAAAUCCUCAAGCUCAUUGACCCGUAUCAAUUCAGUGUAAAAGAUUGUCCAGUGGGUUGGGAGUGGAGUCAACGAAAAUGUGUACCUGAAUGUUUGUUGUUCCAUCUUGAGACUUUCUUGUGGACAAGAUACCAGUGGCAACGAGAAGAUGAGCAUGAAGUUGCCACAUACAUCCUUAAGAACGCAAGACGCUUGAAGAAAGCAUUUAUCUCCACUGUAGCCAUCAAUUCUAAAGAGCUCGAGAAGUUGGAAAAGCGACGUGAGAUGUUCAACCAGUUGGCUACUGAGGUCAGGGAUUAA